AUGGCCGAGGCACUCGCUAUUAUCGGGCUGGUAUCCAACAUCUUAUCGUUUAUCGACUUCGGCAUCAAACUCGCUUCUGAGACUCGAAAUGUGCGCGACUCCCUCCACGGUACAACUGCAGAAGUGCGAGAGCUGGAGAUCAUCGUGGAAGACGUCGAAAGAUAUCAUGAGAAAGUACAGAAGUUGCAAUCUCUUGGUCAAGAGCUUUCUGCACACGAAAAGAGCAUCAUGGGAAUGGUAAAAUACUGCCGUAAAAUAGCCGAAGAUUUGCACAAGAUCAUCGAACGGCUACAUGUGCGCCAAGGUCGCUCGAAGACCCUCGAAAGUAGUCGUAUCCUUCUCCAAGGUCUCUGGAAACAACGCGACAUCGAGGCUCUACGAGCAAGGCUUGAUGCGCUAGAUAAGCGCAUUAGGGUGAAUGUUGAACACAUUAUCCGGAGUGAUCAUCACUCUUCGCUAUCAGCCAAACUAGACGCCUUGAAGACGGCUCAAGAUGCCUUGGCAAUCAGCUACGACGCCAAGCUGGAUCAGAUUCGAGACGAGAUACUCACACUCGUAGCACAAACUCGCACGAGCGAAGGCGCCACGCAGGUCACGCAAUUGACUAGUCUGAAGAUGAAGUUCGAUGCACUUAGCAAAGAGCACACGGCAUGCACCAAUCAAACCGCUACUAUACGAAGUCUCUACUUCCCAGUCCUGCGCAGGCGGUGGAGUCAAAUUCCCAAAGCCGAUGAAGCGUCAAACACAUGGAUCUUUGACACAGUAUUGACUCCCUUCACAGUCUGGUUAGAGAGCACCGACGAACAUGAUGGACUUUUCUGCAUUACAGGCAGGGCAGGCAGCGGCAAAUCAACUCUGAUGAAGUUUGUGACUGAAAAUCCUCGCACUUUCGAAUGCCUUGAAGGUUGGGCAGGCACAACCAAACUCUGCACGGCGAGCUACUACUUCUGGAAUCAAGGUUACGAAAUGCAAAAGAGUCAAGUAGGACUCUUCCAGUCGCUUCUGUACCAGAUACUCAAAUCUGUACCCAGGCUCAUUGAGAUAGUGUGCCCAAACCGUCUGGAGCACGAAGAGUGGGACGUGGAAGAAUUGAAAGCUACGUUCGCACGCAUCGCUACCCAGACAGAUUUGGAAGUCAAGUUCUGCUUCUUUAUCGACGGCUUAGACGAGUACAACGGGGCUGAGGAAGACGUUGUCAACGCCCUGAAAUUCCUCUCUAUAUCAAAGGACAUCAAGAUCUGUGCCUCGACACGGCCUCGCUCGGUGUUCGAGAGGUUUUUCAACAACACAUCUCGCACGUUCGACAUUAAGAGCUUUUCCAAAGAAGACAUGGGACGCCAUGUUCAGCGUCUCCUCGGGGAGAAUGAGAAUUUCCAACGCCUGGCGAAUGCCGAUACCACAUGCGCAUCAAUAAUGAAGGUGAUUGCAGACCUUGCGCAGGGCGUAUGGUUAUGGGUCUUCCUCAUUACUCGUGACCUUGUACACGCUGUCGAUCGUUAUGAAGGUGUGGACAUGUUGUGGAAUAUCGUCAAUCUCUUCCCAGCAGAUCUAGAGGCGUACUUUGAGCGCAUGGUCAAGGCCGUUAAGCCUCAGUAUCUUGAAGAGAUGUCACAAAUCUUCUUGAUCACGGUCGAUGAGCUGCAACCGCUACCGUUAUACGCGUUCUCUCUGCUGGAACACCAACGCAAGAACCCCGCCUAUGCCACCAGCCUCCCCAUACGGCCCAUUCGCGAAGACGAUUUGAAAAGUGAGUAUCCCAAGUGGAAGUCGCUCAUUCGGAACAGAUGUAGCGAUCUUCUCGUUGUCAAUGAUGAAGAACACCCCUGCUUCUCGGGUCCUACGGUCGACUUCCUCCACCGGACCGUUGCCGAAUUCUUGCAGGACAACUACUACCACCAACUACAGGCCAAUUUGAAGACCGGUUUUAGCUCUAAGUUUGCCUUGUGCAACAUAUGCCUUGUCCUGCUUAAAUCACUACCGGAUAUUGACCACAGUAAUCCUGCGUCCGUCGACGCAGUGCUGGACUUAACGGACGAGUUACUUUAUUACGCCUACGAAACCGAGAGAACCGACCCAAGCCCUACCUCAUCACUAGUAGAAGUUCUCGAUGAGGUGGAUCGCGUCAAUACUCACCACGUACCUGGUACAAGAAGCCACUGGACGCAUACCCGGGAUGUAGUCAUCGGUGGCGGGUAUGAAAUAUGUUUUGAAGGAGACAACUACAACUUUCUAGUACUGGCUGUACAAGCCCGCCUCUUCAAAGCGCGAAGAGUCAAGUGCGACGAAACCAAGCCUGUAUGCUCUCGUUGUCGCUCCACUGGUCGGACAUGCGAGGGCUACGGACUGUGGGGUGGCGGAGGCAACACCUACGUUGAAAGAUACGGCCUGGUGUCAACAUCGAUCCAGAAGCCUCCAACCAAAGUCCUAGGCGUCGAGGAACUGAGGUAUCUACAGUUAUACAGGAUCCGCAUCGUUCACACAACUUCCGGUUGGUUUGCUUCGAAGUUCUGGAACUCGAUCGUGCUACCAGCAGCGUCGUCAGAACCGGCUGUUCUCCAUGCUGCUGUUGCGCUGAGCGCUGCGCACAGAUGCAGUUUCGAUUCGGCACAAGCUCCGGAUGAGAGGGAAAAGUUCAUGCUUCAACAAUAUGGCAAAGCAAUCCAGUCGCUACAGCCGCUGUUGCGAUGUGGAGACAAAGCCUCAGUCACAACCAUAUUGGUCACUUGUCAGUUAUUUACCUUGCUUGAAUACCUCCGCGGGCAAUACCAAUUGGCCGAAUCGCACUUACGGAACGGUCUAAAGGUCCUGAUGAACAUGACCACGAAGAAAGAUCGCUCGCAGGAUGGCGUCCUUGUAAUCAAGCCGGCAUCAUGUGAAAAGAGCAUCGAUCAAGGCAUCGUGCGCAGCUUCGCGACCCUACAUAUGCAAAAUAACCUGUUCGGUUCCGGUCUGGAAGAUCUCGAUAUAUUCCUUCAGCCGAUAGAAAACAACAUACCAUACCCUACUUUUACGACUAUCGAGGAGGCGAAGGACGCUCUUGAUGUGCUAUUGCACGGCAUUGUUCUCAUAGCACAACAAUAUCGAAAGAUGGGGCCAGGCACUGAAGACGAGAUUGCGGCGGUUACAGCAGGACAAGAAGAGAUCACAACCUCUCUUGCGAUGUGGUACGAUACGUAUCUGAGUACACUUCCCUCGGUCGAAAAACUAGCCCUAGCUGCCGGGAGGAAGUCAGAUGAACUGUGGGCGUUCGGCGGGAAGACGCCGCCAGCAAAGCUUCCGAUGGGCCGCGAACCAUCGGUCCUCAAAUUGCUACUCAUGUAUCAUGCCAUGGCGCGCAUAAUGUGCGGCUGUCUGCAAGUGCACUCUGAGCAACACUACGAAGCGUAUACGCCAACGUUUCUCACGAUACUUGUGCAUGCCAUACACAUCUUCGAAGAGUACACCUUGGCUAAAUCUAUACCCGAUAACGUCAACCUCCACGAUUCGAUUGGCGAGUACGGCUUUAUUGCGCCUUUGUAUUACACGGCUAUCAAGUGUCGAUACCAUCGCAUCCGCCUCCAUGCUAUUCGGCUCCUGCGGGUGAUCCCGCUGAAGGAAGGAACGUGGGAUUCUUUCACGGCAGCAAAUAUCGCGGAAACGGUUAUGGAGCUUGAAGAGCAAGAUACUCGCUAUGGGGAUAACGCUGGAGACGGCUUCUCUCUCUCAGAGAUACCCAAUUUGGAAGAUUCGUAUAGCUGGUCUUUGAUGCCGGAGCAUAACAUGUUCCACGAUGUGGAAGCAACGACAAGAGGAGACCUCACGAACGAAGUCGUCGUCACAUGCAAAAGAUGGCGGCUGGAUGGCAGCCCUGAAGUCAUCACGUUUCACGCCAAUCCCAAAACCAGGCACAAGACUGACGAGAAGACACACUCUUAUACCUGA